CCUCCCCGAACUGCGGCGGCGGCGGCAGCGAGCGCCGACUGCGUCCCGGCAGAGCUGCAGCGGCCGCCGCGGGCACCGGAGUGCCGAGCCCAGGAACCCCGGCCCAGGCCCGCGGGGUGGACAGGUCCUCCUCCCCUCGACGGAGCCUGUGGAGGAGUGAUGGGCAGAACCGGCACAUCUCUCAGGCACUAGACCUGUCACGAGUGGACUCAGUUCCCUCCCACACUGCUUCACCCUACCCUAAGAACACAGAUCUGUUUGCGAUGAUUGAAAAGAUGCAGGGAAGCAGGAUGGAUGAACAACGAUGUUCCUUCCCACCACCCCUCAAAACGGAGGAAGACUACAUUCCUUACCCGAGCGUCCACGAGGUCCUAGGGCGAGAAGGCCCCUUCCCCCUCAUCCUGCUGCCCCAGUUUGGGGGCUACUGGAUUGAAGGCACCAACCAUGAAAUCACCAGCAUUCCUGAGACAGAGCCACUGCAGUCGCCCACGACCAAGGUGAAGCUUGAGUGCAACCCCACAGCCCGCAUCUACCGGAAGCACUUUCUUGGCAAGGAGCAUUUCAAUUACUACUCACUGGACACUGCUCUCGGCCACCUGGUCUUCUCACUCAAGUAUGAUGUCAUCGGGGAUCAAGAGCACCUGCGGCUGCUGCUCAGGACCAAGUGCCGGACCUACCAUGAUGUCAUCCCCAUCUCCUGCCUCACUGAGUUCCCCAACGUGGUUCAGAUGGCAAAGCUGGUGUGUGAAGAUGUCAAUGUGGAUCGAUUCUACCCUGUUCUCUACCCCAAGGCUUCCCGGCUCAUCGUCACCUUUGAUGAACAUGUUAUCAGCAAUAACUUCAAGUUUGGAGUCAUUUAUCAGAAGCUUGGGCAGACCUCUGAGGAAGAGCUCUUCAGUACCAAUGAGGAAAGCCCUGCCUUUGUGGAGUUUCUUGAAUUUCUGGGCCAGAAGGUCAAACUGCAAGACUUCAAGGGGUUCCGAGGAGGCCUGGACGUGACCCACGGGCAGACGGGGACCGAGUCUGUGUACUGCAACUUCCGCAACAAGGAGAUCAUGUUUCACGUGUCCACCAAGCUGCCCUACACAGAAGGGGAUGCCCAGCAGUUGCAGCGGAAGAGGCACAUCGGGAAUGACAUCGUCGCGGUGGUUUUCCAGGAUGAGAACACGCCCUUUGUGCCUGACAUGAUUGCAUCCAACUUCCUGCACGCCUAUGUGGUGGUGCAGGCCGAGGGAGGCGGACCCGAUGGGCCCUUCUACAAGGUCUCGGUCACUGCGAGAGAUGAUGUGCCCUUCUUUGGGCCCCCACUGCCCGACCCUGCUGUGUUCAGAAAGGGGCCUGAGUUCCAGGAAUUUUUGCUGACAAAGCUGAUCAAUGCUGAAUAUGCUUGCUACAAGGCAGAGAAGUUUGCCAAGCUGGAGGAGCGGACUCGCGCUGCCCUUCUGGAGACGCUGUAUGAGGAACUCCACAUCCACAGCCAGUCCAUGAUGGGCCUGGGUGGUGACGAGGACAAGAUGGAAAAUGGAGGUGGUGGAGGCGGCUUCUUUGAGUCUUUCAAGCGGGUCAUCCGGAGUCGCAGCCAGUCCAUGGACGCCAUGGGGCUAAGCAACAAGAAGCCCAGCACGGUGUCCACCAGCCACAGUGGGAGCUUCACACCCAACAACCCUGACCUAGCCAAGGCAGCUGGAAUAUCAUUGCUUAUUCCUGGGAAAAGUGCAAGUAGAUUCGGACGCCGGGGCAGUGCCAUAGGCAUAGGAACCGUGGAAGAGUCCCUGAUUGUCCCUGGGAAGAGUCCCACAAGGAAGAAGUCAGGCCCAUUUGGCUCCCGCCGCAGCAGCGCCAUCGGCAUCGAGAACAUCCAGGAGGUGCAGGAGAAGAGGGAGAGUCCUCCGGCUGGCCAGAAGACUCCAGACAGUGGGCACGUCUCGCAGGAGCCCAAGUCAGAGAACUCUUCCACUCAGAGCUCCCCAGAGAUGCCCACAGCCAAGAACAGAGUGGAGACAGCAGCCCAGAGAACAGAGGUGCUGAAGGACUUUUCCCGCUCCUCGUCCAGUGCCAGCAGUUUCGCCAGUGUGGUGGAGGAGACGGAGGGCGUGGACGGGGAGGACACAGGCCUGGAGAGCGUGUCGUCGUCAGGGACGCCCCAAAAGCGGGACUCCUUCCUCUACAGCACGUGGCUGGAGGACAGUGUCAGCACCACCAGUGGUGGCAGCUCCCCAGGCCUCUCCCGGUCACCCCACCCAGACGCCGGCAAGGUGGGGGACCCUGCGUGUCCCGAGAUCAAGAUCCAGCUGGAAGCGUCUGAGCCACACACUCCCCAGCUGGUGAAGCUGCAGAAGCACAAGGUGAAGAGGCUGUGUCACGUCCAGGCAGCCAGGACCUCUGACCCCAAGGCCAACCCCAGCCCAGCUUCCCCGGCUUCCCCUUUCCCCUUGGCCCAUCCAUCUGGGCUGCCUCCGCAGGGCGGAGCCACCCAGACCUGGGGCUGGGAAGCUGCUGGCAUGUUCCCAGCGGCCCAGGCUGGGGCUCUGGCCUCAGGCAGGGAGCAGUCAGCCAAAGCAGGACUGCAGGCCUGGCUUGCCCCACCCUGGGCCUUCGCCACCUCCCCUCUGGAUCAGGGGAGCAAGGUGGGGGAGGGAGGCUGAGAGCUCAGUGUGGAGCUGACUUCGGAGGUGCCAGGAUGAGUAGGGGGUGGGGCUGGGUGAGACACUGGCCUGGGAGUCCUGACUUCUGAUCUGGUUCUGUGUGGGGCUGUCAAGUCACUCCUUCCUUGGUUGUCUUUGCCACACAUGGACAAGAUUAUUUCAGAGGUUGCUGGAGGCCGUGAUUCUACGCACCUGGCCCUGGGACUUCCCGUCACACCACCCUGUUUCUUGAGGUUCCCGAAAACCCAGGUGGGCUAAUGGCCUGGGAGUUGGCUGUGCCCACCUGGACCCCCGAGCUCUACCACAGAUUUGCCGAUGCCCUUCCACUGCCUACACAUGACAGACCAGUGACCCUUUCCGGGGGAAGGGAACCCACCCAGCUCUUCAGUCAGCGCCCAGCUUGACCCCUGCCAUCCCCUACUCCUGGGCACUCCAGGCUGAGGGGUCUCUGCUGGCCCCCACGCCAUGGAGGGACAGCCAGGCACAGCUGCUGUGAGUCCAUGUCCUUGUGUGUGUCUCUCACACUUUUUAGGUGCCACGCCAAAGGCCAGCCUUCCGGCCCCAGCCCCACUUUGGAAGCCCUGUGGCCAUGUGUAUGUCAGUAACAGUUGUACAAAAUAAAUUCUAUUUAUCGCUAUUGUA